CUUCCGGUCAUGGCGCCUGUAGUUCUGUCACUUUUGAUACAUUUCUGAUAUUUUUCGCCACAAUUUGACCGAAUACAUUUCAGAGAUGCCUUUGGCUGGAGCAGAGUUGAUCCAGACUCCAGUGCAGCUCUACAGAUACCUGCUCAGGUGUACGAGGCGUCUACCCUCCUCUGCCAUGCAACAACACUACAGACACGCCAUCCGACAGGGUUAUAACAGUCACACAGACGAGGACGAUCCUGAGAGAAUCCAGAUGAUCAUCCACAGAGCCAUCGCAGACGCAGACUGGGUCCUCAACAAGUAUCUUAAGUCCUGAGUCAAACCAAGUGAAUCUGCACUGUGAAGCUGCCUUUGUUACUGCUGUCUGAAAAUUGAAUUAAAGUUAUAGAUGGUAGUUUUAAAGGUGAAUGUGGCAUAAAGUUGUACAAAAUGCAUAUCCUGUGUAUAUAUUUGUGUACUCUGUAUGUGUUAAAUUAA